AUGAGAGAUGAGGGAGACGAGACAGAUGAGAGAGAUGACAUUGCAGUGGUUGAGUUUUGCACUUUCGCAAAGCAACCUAGACGAGCGAUAGAGAUGAAUACAGUAGUAGGGAAAUGGAGCAACUACAAGAGCGUGAAGCAAAGAGUUGAUGCCAUUGACAAAGAGAACUUCUCCUACAGCUACAGUGUGAUUGAAGGUGAAGACUUGAUGGGCAUGUUAGAAUCAAUCUCGUACGAGAUCAAGAUCACUGCCACUCCUAAUGGAGGGUCCAUUUGCCGGAACACUAGCAAAUAUCACACCAAGGGUGAUGCUUAG